AACUAUAAGUAUCUCUCUCGUGUGGAUCCUCAUCAUUUCAUGUAACCACAAUCUGAGAGGACACAGCAAAAAUUAAGAUCCAAUAUACAUACACACAUAUAUAUAGUCGUGAGAAAGCUAUGGGAGAUCAUCAUGAUUUCAUCAACUCAGGAAGCUGGUGGAAAGUAUCUUCUUCUUCUUCACCAUCUUCUUCUUCUUCCAUGAGAGCAAGCUCAAUUGAAUCUGGUGGUUCUGCUAUUUUCCACGAUAAGCUUCAUCAUCAUCAUCAUCAUGAUCAUUCGUUAGGUACUUCUGAUCAUCAUCUUCAGAUGAUUGGUCUAGGGCUUUCUUCACAAUCACCUGUUGAUCAAUGGAACCAAUCUCUCUUACGUGGAGAUAGUAAAGCGGAGACAAGCUUUGGAGUGAUGCUUCAAGAGAAUCUUAAUUUAGAUGCGGCUUCAAACGCAAACGCUAACACAACGUCAUCCACAUCAUCUUACCAGCUACAAGAAUCUGAUUCCUCUCACCACCAAGCUUUGUGGAGAGAUCCACAAAACGAUUUCAAACCGCAAAUCAUGACGAACAACAAUCGCGGGUUUUUCUUAGAUCAUCAGUUCAGUCCUCACGGGAGUUCAAGUACCGACAGUAGCACAGUGACAUGUCAAGGUUUCUCUGUUGACAACUCGUCUAACAACACCUUGUACGCAGCAGCAGCAACUACAACUCCUAAUUCAUCUUCGGGUAUGUUUCAUCAACAUCAAACAGCUGGUUUUGGCUCUUCCGAUCAACAACCGUCGAGGAACCAUCAGCAGUCGUCUCUGGGGUACUCUCAGUACGGAUCAUCCACGGGAAACUAUGAUCAAAUGGCGUCGGCGUUACCUAAUUCGACUUGGUUUUUAAGAGCUUCGCCGCCAAAACCACACAGUCCUUUGAGAUUUUCUAACAACGCAACGUUUUGGAACCCUGCGGCGACUGGAAACGCAGGUCCUCCUCCUUCCCAUGACGCGUCUUCGAACUUUUUUCCGGCGUUACAGCCGCCGCAAAUUCACGCGCCGAGCUUUGACGAACAACCAAAGAAUAUAUCGGAGAUUCGAGAUUCAAGUAACAACGAAGUAAAGAGAGGCGGAGGAGAUCAGCCGGCGGCGAAAAGGGCUAAGAGCGAAACAGCGUCUCCGUCACCAGCUUUCAAGGUGAGGAAAGAGAAAAUGGGGGACAGAAUCGCUGCGCUCCAACAAUUGGUUUCACCUUUCGGAAAGACUGAUGCAGCCUCAGUGCUCUCUGAAGCCAUUGAAUACAUUAAGUUCUUACACCAACAAGUUUCAGCUCUGAGCAACCCAUACAUGAAAAGUGGAGCUUCUUUACAGCAUCAACAGAGUGAUCACCCCAAGGAACUAGAAGUAUCAGAAGAACCAGAUCUUAGAAGUCGAGGUUUAUGCUUAGUGCCAGUUUCAAGCACGUUUCCAGUGACACACGAUACUACAGUAGAUUUCUGGACUCCUACAUUUGGUGGGACUUUUCGAUAGAAAUAUAUAGACGAAAAAUCGUAUAUUAGAUGUUGGUUGACGUAUCCUUUAACUUUAUAUAUAUACGUUGAUUGCUUAUAAGAAUCACCGCAUUUUUAAUGGACAAGUGAAACGUUUUGUCCAUUUAUAUUUUCCUAUACAUAGAACUAGUUCAAAACAAUGUGUAAUCGAAGAACCAUGCAUAAAUAUAUAAGAGCUAUUGAGAUUUGACA